AUGGCUGCAAUUGCUCUCAGAGAGCAAGGACAUGAUGUGACUCUUCUCGAAUCAUCACGAUUCAGUAACGAGACCGGAGCAGCUAUUCAUAUGGCACCUAACGCAAAUGGCUUGCUCAAACGCUUCGGAAUUGACAUUGAGAAGGUGGGCGCAAACGAAUGUAACCGGAUCGCACAGUACCAUGCCGAGUCAGGGAAGGCACUUUUCCAGGUCGAUCUUACCAUGCCGAACAAGCAAUGGCAACACAAGUGGCUCUUAGUGCAUCGUGCUCACCUGCACACUGCUCUGAGGGAAAGAGCUAUUGGGCAGGAGGGCAAAGGCAAGCCUGCUACACUCAGAUUAGCCAGCAAAGUUGCUUCGGUAAACCCUGAGAAGGCAGAGGUUACACUAGAGAGCGGCGAGAAGGUAUCUGGCGAUCUUCUGCUUGGAGCUGACGGCGUUCACUCCUUGUGUCGUAAGGCUUUGGACCUUGACGAUGCGAAAAAGUAUGCACCGUUUGACUGCGGUCACAGUGCUUACCGCUUCCUAGUGCCGAAGGAAGAAGUCAUGGCUGAUCCUGUCUGCCGUGAAUUUAUUGAACAGGAGGGUAUGCUCUGCAUGAUUGUUGGUGAAGACCGCAGAGUCGUUGUGUAUCCUUGUGUUGACAACAAGCUCAUGAACUUUCUUCUGAUUCAUCCCAGCAGCGAGUCACGUUCAGAAGACGCUGGCUGGAACCAACAAGGUGACAAGAAGCGCAUGCUUGCAAGUGGCGCCAGCUUGGCACCUCAAGUUCGUGCUCUUUUAGAGAAGGCGCCAGAAGACAGCUUGAAGGUCUGGACUCUGCUGGACAUGCAGGUACUCCCCACGUGGAUCAAGGGCAACAUGGCAUUGCUAGGUGAUGCAGCUCAUCCAUUCCUGCCCCACCAAGCUCAAGGCGGUGGUCAAGCUAUGGAAGACGCAGUCUCUUUGGCAGCCAUCUUGCCCUAUGGCACUGCGAAGGAGGAUAUCCCAGAGCGGUUGAAGCUGUAUGAGCAGUGCAGGCGCGACCGUGCAAACAAAAUCCAGGACGGUACAAGACUGAGUGGAACGUCUCAAAAAGACCUUGUAAAGAUGGGCAAGAAAUACGAUGCGUUUGCCUUCACCAACUACAACUUCGGUCACGACGAGUGGGACUUCUCAAAGAAUGCUUUGAACAAGCAUCUCUGGUCCAAGCAGCCGCAUCGUUUCCGCCAGCCAGUGUCGUUCGGCCCUAGUCCAGGUCCACGCCAGCCUCUGAAUGCCCAGCUGGAUGUGCACUCGGUGGCAAAGCAGAACCAGACAAUAGCCUCGAUUCGCUUCAAGACCUCAAGGACCUAUCUUCAGAACCUGUUCCCCAGCUCUUCGUUCUCUUUCACGUCUCCGGCAACAGUUGCAGAAGCCUCUAUCGUAUGUUGCUCACUACGCAACAUGACAUGGCUGGGUAACACGGGGUACGACCACUGCGGCCUCUACAUCCACGGAGUAAAGUACACCAAGAAGGAUGGCGAGAUCCUACAAGGAACAUUCCUACCGAUCUUGUUUGAGAACUUGACUGACCCUAUUAUUACUGGUCGCGAAGAGCUUGCCGCACCCAAAUUGGGCUGCGAUAUCAAUGUCUCAGCUUCUGGUGACUCUCGCAUUGUACGCAUGAGUUGGCGCGGGACCACUUUUGCCGAGCUUGAAUGGAACGACCUGCAUGCGAAACCCCAAACAAAUGGCGUGAACGGCGUGAACGGCACCCAUUCCAAGCCUCCAGGACCUCCCGGGCCUCCAAUGCCAAAGAUCGAAGACAAUGGAUUGUUCAUGUACCGUUACGUACCAGCUGUGGGUGAGCCAGGAAAGGCGGACGCCGAGUACGCUGUCUUCGACGAGUACGAGAAGAAAAUACCAUCGUCUUCAGGGGCUCAACAAGAAGUACAGGACCAGACAACCAAGGCGGCGACUAUCAAGUUUUCGGCCGGUGACUGGGACUCACUACCAACCCUUCACCACAUUGCGCAAGGCCUUGCAGAUGUACCGAUUUAUGGCAUUGUGGAGGCUACCGUGAAGGAGGUGCCAUCAGUGGGCGAUGUCAGAGGCGCAAGGAGGAUUGAGUAG